AUGGACGCCUUGUCGCAACAACUGAAAGGAUGUGGAGUUGGUGAGAAGAAGGUGGAAGGCAAGAAGAAACUUGGGCUCAUUCCGUUGGCUCCAAAGUUGGAGUCCAACAAAAAUGGAGCAACCACCACUGUCGAUUCGAACUUGAGGAAGCUCAAUAUCUCUCCGAACCAACCCAUCUACAAAUACGACGUGAAGAUUGCCUGCUUUUUCCUCAACGCCGAUGGAAAAGAAGUUGAGAUCGAAUUCUCAAAAUCGCCGAAGCAAGACUCCCAACAUGAACGGGACAAGAUGAAAUGCCAGAAGAUCUACGAGAUGGCCGUCAAAAAGACCCCUGCCCUUCAGAAGGGCGGCGCCGAGUUCUUCUAUGACCGUCAAGCGUCGCUCUACUCCACGGCAAAGUUGACCGCCAAGGACAACAUCAAGCUGGAGUUUGGGAAAGAAACUUCAAAAACACCCAACUUCGUGCGUGGUGUGUUCGAGUUGAAGGCCGUCGCCGAGAGCUAUCAAGCCACUUCGAAUGGAAUUCGAAGCACGGUUCACCCGGCGCCAGCUCUCGCUGACAAGACGCUCACUGAGGCGAUCAGCAUCUUCCUCAGUGGACCGGCGUAUUCCAACAAAAACGUGAUCACCGUCGGAAGCUGCGUCCACUAUCUACUCGAUUCUUCAAGACUGAAUGUCAAGAUGAUCAACUACGACCAAGGAUUCCGCUACUCGGCUCUCGGAGCAUCGAAAGGUGUCAAAUCUCUGCAAGGAACGAGCAAAGAUCCAUCUUUGUACAUGGUCACGGAGAUGAAAUCCACACUCUUCCAUCCGGACGACAUGCCAAUCGUGGAUUUGAUGCAAUCCUAUCCUGGCUUCACACCGAACUUCAAUGUUCACUCGCCAGCCGGAGCACAUAUUGCUCGGGCGAUCAUCGGAUUGGAGGUCUAUUGUGACUACGGAAAGAACCAAAACAAUAUGGAAGAAGCGAUGAUUGUGAAGAUCAUUGCAUUCGAUUCGAGCGCCAGAGACGUCGUUUUCGAUUGUGAUGGUCAAGAUGUGUCUGUUCAACAGUACUUCAAAAAGAAGUACGGUAUCACUCUGAAGUAUCCAGACCUCCCGACUGCAGUUGCGAAGGGGAAGAAGGGAGGGAAAAUGCAUCUCCCGGUGGAGCUUCUGAAGACGUGUCCCAGCCAGAAGGUCACCAACAAUCAGAUGGUUGGUAAUGAGCAGGCGGACAUGAUCAAGCUCUCCGCCGCCCCACCCCACCAACGAAAACCCACCACUGAUGCCGUCGCAAAAUCCGUCGGAAUCGCCGCGGACAACGUCUAUGGCUUCAUCGAAGUGGAGCCGUCACAAAAAGUGCAAGCGAUCGUUCUGCCAAAACCGAAGAUUGCAUUUUCCGGCAACAAAUUGGUGGCUUUCGGGCAGAAUGCAAAGUGUCCGACGGAUUUCACGAAAGCCGGUCACUUCUAUGAGGCAAAGGAGCUCAAAAACUGGGAAGUGUGCUAUGUUCAAAAUGAAGAAAUUCAAGGUCUCUCCGACCAGUUGGUCGCCGAGAUGAGCAACAAUGGAAUGAAAGUUGCAAAACCAGCGAUCAGCCACAUUGUCAAGAAUGACCUCGAGACUGUCUUCAAAAAAGCGAAAAGUGCUGGAAGACAACUCAUCUUCUUUGUUAUCCGCACCAAGUACCACCUUCAUCAAGCAAUCAAGGCGUUCGAGCAGAAAUAUGAUAUGCUGACUCAAGAAAUUCACUUCGAAACCGGAGAGAAGUUCUUCCGUCAGGCUCAAACCCGACAGAAUAUUGUCAACAAGACAAAUAUGAAACUCGGUGGACUCAACUAUCUGAUUGGUAGCAACUAUCUCAACAAUCCUCGAGUGCUGAUUAUUGGAUUCGAGACGUCUCAAACUGGCGGUGAUAUCGUCACCGUUGGCUACGCCGCCAACAUGAUGGACCACUACCAGAAGUUCGCUGGUGGUUACGUCUACGCCGCACGUGGACGAGAUAUCUACGGACCAAUCAUCAAGGACACUCUCAUCGGCAUCUUCAACACCUUCAAGCAACACAAGCACCGUGGAGCUCCAGAAGAACUCAUCAUCUACUUCAAUGGAAUCACCGAAGGCCAGUACGGCAUGAUCAACGAGGAGUACACCCAACAGGUCAAGAGUGCCUGCUCUACGAUGAAUGAAGCAUUCCGCCCAAAAAUCACUAUCAUUGCAUCAUCGAAGCAGCACAAUGAGAGACUGUACAAGUCCGAACAGGGACGACUCUCCAAUCUGGAACCUGGAACCGUUGUAGACCACACCAUUGUGUCUCCGGUGUACUCGGAGUUCUAUUUGGCAUCGUCCGUCGCUCGCCAAGGAACCACCAAAGCCGCGAAGUUCACUCUGAUCUACGCGUCGGCGCCAGGAAAGACGAUGGAGAGAAUUGAGACUCUCACCAACGAUCUCUGCUAUGACCAUCAGAUCGUCUUCCAUCCAGUUGGACUUCCAGUCCCACUCUUCAUUGCUGGAAGGAACAGUCAACGAGGCGCGAUGGUUCUCGCACAGAAUGGACCAUCCAUGACGAACAGGGAAGUCGACUUGGUCAAAACCAAUCAAAAUCUCGGAUAUACCGCCAAAAAUCUAUUCGGAAGCAGAUUCAAUGCUUAA